GAUGUUAACAGUUUGUAUUCCGAUCCCGACUUGAUCACACCCUCGUCCUUAAAACCGAAUGGGAUGAGAAAGAUAACAAUGCAUCAUUAAGCCUAGUACAUGCAGUCUAUCUACUGGUUCAUUAACUCAAUGCAUAAUGCCGGAAGACACUAACCAAAUGGAAAGAAAAGGUAUCACGUCAGUACAGAAUGAACACGCCCCUCCACCCAGAUCAUGGCGCCAUUAUUUGCCCGGAUUAAUUCUGUUUCUAAACUUGUUUGGGUAUAUGAUGUCUUCCGGCGUUUCAGGUCUUUAUGUGCCACUAUAUCUAUCGAGAAAGUUGUAUCCCACAAGAACAGUGCCAGUCUCGAAGGGAUCUAUUUGCAUAGUGAACGAAACAAAAGCAUCUCCGGAGAGCGAGGCUAUUCAGAAAGAGGCUGCCUUGUUCAGUAUUUAUCAAACUUUAGUUCUAGGAAUUCCUGCUGUUAUCUCCAACGUGUUUCUUGGAGCAUUCAGUGACCGUUUGGGGCGAAUAUUUCUGUUCCUGACACCAGCUUCUGGGCAAUUCAUAAGUAAAACAAUAUUACUUUUCUGCAUAUAUUAUAAUCUCGAUAUAAAUUACAUAUUGAUAGGCAGUGGCAUUGAAGGUAUAUCGGGGGGUGUUCUGGCAAUUGUAAUGGCAUCGUUUGCGUAUAUUGCUGACAUAACCGAGAAAAACAAACAACGUUCAGCAGCCAUUGCCUACCUGGAGAUAGCUGUUGGUGUUGGUGUUGUGGUAGGGAGACUAAGUACAGGAUAUUUCAUUAAAGCCACAGACUACGUUUGGCCGCAGAUGACUGCCUGUUGUAUACUAUCAUUGUCGAUUUUCAUUAUUAUUUUUGUAUUGCCGGAGACGAUGACACUGAAUACGAAGAAGACAAUCACUGGGACAUCUUACAUGAACUACAUCAGAGCUAUAUUUUCCUUUUACAUCUCAAAAAGUAACAAAGGAAAACGAUGGAAAUAUAAUUUAUGUAUUCUGAUUUUCUUAACCACCAGUUUUACCAUUGUUGGAAAACCUUCAGUUGAAACUCUGUACCAAAUAAGUCACCCGUUUUGCUGGGAUUCUGUAAAGGUGGGAUUGUACGGUUCACUAGCUGGUCUAUUCCAGAACGUCAUCUGCAUGGGAAUGAUAAAAGUUCUCCAUCUCUGUUUGAGCGAUGAAGGGGUGGCCAUUCUUGGAUCUAUCUCGGGAAUAAGCGGCUUCGUGAUUACAGCUUUAGCUACUACGGAUAUUUUGUUGUAUAUCGCGGCGAUCGCUGGCGGAGGUUCCGUUCUAACUCUUCCGAUGAUUCGGGCUAUCAUGUCGAGAAUGACAUCACCAGAUAAGCAAGGUGCCCUUUUUGGUGGUAUCGCAGGGAUUGAAACAGCAUGUGGUGUUAUAGGAAGUCUGACUUUCAAUGCAAUCUACGCUCACACCAUUUCAUUCUUUAGAGGAACUGUAUUUAUUGUGAUGGCAGGCAUUAUUCUCACAUCUUUACUUCUGCUGGUGAUCCUUGCCAUCUCCUCACGACAAGUACCAAUCUUAAGCGAAGCAAACCUACAGGAAGACGUUAAGCAAAAGGAUGAUAAUGUUUACGAAAUAGCAUUAGUUAACUGGAAGACUUUAAAGAAAUAAAGACAAAAGAUGCAGACGUUAUCUGUAGGUCUGUGUGUAAGCUAAUGGUCUUUAAAAGCCAUUUGGAUGUGAAAUUCUCCAUGAUUCAUUUCCUUCCUGAUUACGAACAAAUAUAUAAGUCGCGAAGGAACGUUUUCCCAUAUAUUCAGAAUAGAUGUCACAGAUAUAUGGACAGCCAAUACUUGGUUUUAAAAUACAAUGCAAAAUGAAUAAAUAUAUUCGUUUCUGUCAUUCACUUUCAAUGUAUAAACGUUGUUUUCACAACCUAUAAGAUUCCCAUU